AUGAGUGUAAGUCUUUGUGUAUGUGUCCGUGUGCUGCGGAAGGGGUUCAUUGAGUUAAUGGAGGCUUUGAGUUCUGACAUCUCCCACCGCCCGCGCACCUCCACGCCGCAGUCCCGGCUCUGCGGCUCACCCUCUGCUGCGCUAGGCUCCCGCGGGUGCUCGGCCCGGCCCCCCUCCGCCUCCUCCCUGGCGGCCCUAGUCCUAGUCCUCCUGCUGCCCCUGGAGCUGAGCCUGGCAAAUGCCCUUGCACCUGGGACUCCUGCUCAGAAUCUCCCCGAGAAUCACAUCGACCUCCCUGGCCCAGCACUGUGGUCGCCUCAGGCCAGCCACCACCGCCAGCGCGGCCCACGCAAGAAGGAGUGGGGCUCACGCCUGCCCAGGGAGGCCCAGGAUGGGGCUGUGUUCACCGCCACCAGGCAGGCUUCCAGGCUGCCAGGGUCUGAGGGGCCGCUGCCUGAGCAGAGUCCUGCAGACCUGCUGCGGGUGAAGGACCUGCGCCUGGGGCUCGAGUUGCCCUACCCCAAGAAGCAGAAUCGGUCUCCAGUGUGGGAGAGGGCCAGGAAACGCAGCAGGGAGCACAAGAGAGGCAGGGACAGGCUGAGGCUGCACCGAGGCCGAGCCUUGGUCCGAGGUCCCAGCUCCCUGAUGAAGGCGGAGCUCUCCGAAGCCAAGGAGCUGGAUGCGGCCAUGGAGCAAUCUUCCGCCAGUCGGUCCCCCACCAUGCUCUUCCUCACCACCUUUGAGGCAGCAUCUGCCACAGAAGAGUCCCUGAUCCUGCCCAUCACCUCCCUGCGGCCCCAGGCACAGCGCAGGCCUGACGGGGAGGUGAUACCCACGUUGGACAUGGCCUUGUUCGACUGGACCGAUUAUGAAGACUUAAAACCUGAUGGUGGGCCCUCUGCAAAGAAGAAAGAAAACCAGGGUAAACUCUCCAGUGACAGUAACGAAACAUCAUCAGCCGAAGCGGAACCGUGCGACCAUCACCAAGACUGCCUAGCAGGGCUGCGCUGCUAUGCCAGAUUCCACCGGACCCACGUCACACAGAGGAAGGGGCGCUGCCUGGAGACCGAGACGGCCAAAGGCGACCAGGGAUCCUUCAUCAACGUCUAG